CUCUUAAUACAAGGAUACUGAUAAAUUUGUACGCGAGGAAACGUAACGGUUUUGAGUAAAAUAACAUAAACAUAAACAGAUUAUGGAUGAAUGUUGGGAGUUUGAGUAUGCCUUUCUGAUAUCUUCAUGUAUGAGUAGCUGGACUAUCCAGCUAAGCAUCCUGUUUGUUUUUGUUCUUUGUUUUUAAUCUGGAUUUUUUUAUUCAUUCUCUGAAUUCUUCCUGCCUUCCAUUAUUCCAUCAUCACCAUCCAGGUGAAUAUAUUAAUUUUUUCUGUUCUUAAAAACUCUCUCUCUCUCUCUCGAUAUAGCACAUUACUUGCAACUUUGUCUUGUCUUUCAGUGAAAAUAUUCAAGAUUUCUUUGACAUUUAAAGUUUCGGCUUUUUAAAAUUUUAGGUUAAAGAUCUCAAAUUUGAUCUUAACUGCAAGAUUGGGGAGUUCGAGCAUCAUUAUUUGUGGCAAAGGGUACUACGAAAAUGGUAUUUAGAACAUCCUGCAGGACUAUGAGCUUUGGGGAAGAUUCAUCACCCAGCAUAAUCUUUCUUGAAAUUCUCCUAUUUUAGACUUUUCAAGUCAUAGAUUUUGGUUUCUGGUGGUGCUGUGCUUGAUGCGGAUUACUCAUAGUGACAAUGAAUUUUUGACGAAAGAAACCAUUUUCAUGAGGAUUUUGUUUUGUAAGAUCCACUGUCCAUUCAUUUGCUUCUGCAAACCCUCUGCUGCUCAUCUUUACACGUCUGGGCCACUGAAAUUGGAAAAUGCCCCACACGUACCUUCAACAGCUGUUAUUGUUUCAGAUGCCACAGAUAAUAAGUUAACUGGCGACACCAAUGAGGUGAAAAAUGAGAGUUUAAAUGGGAGUCUUGAUGCUGAGAAUGUACUUAAGAGUUGCAUUAAAAAACCCACUUCUGGGCAUGAUGCUUUCAACGAGAUCGAAAAGAAAAAUGUUCAAUGGAAAGAUAACUUUGGGAAAGAACUAGCUGAGAUCAAGGAGUUUGAAUCUAGUGAAACUUGGGAUACAGAGAAUGAAGAGGGAAAUAGCCAUUGUCUUUGUGUUAUUCUUUGAUUCUGCUUAAGCAGCCCUUUGUGGAGAUUCCAUUAGUGAGUGCAGCACUGCACUAAGCAGAAACAAGUAUGAGGAGUGGAUGAGAGGAGAAGAGGAUAAUGGAUUACUGUUUGGGAAGAAGAGUCAAUCUUACAGUUUUGCCGUCUUAUCCUACACUGACGCCCUCUUAAAUCAAGAUUUUGGCUGUUUGCUUUCGCCGGUUUCAAUUUCAAGAAUCUGCAUUGAGAAUUCAACUGACCAUUGCUACCCCUUUGUAAGAAAUUCAAGAUAUUUUCUUUCUCUAUUGUAACCAACCAGUCACGCUUGAUACAUUAAUGUAUGGGACAAUGCAACUACGAAAUCCUGAAUA